AUGGAGAGGGAUUCUUCCGACAGCAAGCAGUCAUGGUCGAUUGCGGUCCUGGCGUCGAUGACCGCCCUGGCGGCGCUGGCCGUCGGUCUUCGACUGCUCGCGCGCCAUGAAAGGAAGCAGAAGCUGUGGUGGGAUGACUGGCUCAUCAUAUUCUCCCUGGCGUGGAAUCUGGUCGUCAUGGGUUUCAUCAUCGGCAUGAUCCAGUACGGCAUGGGUCUUCAUGCCACGCAGAUUCCAAUGGAUAACCUGGUCAUGAUCGCCAAGUUCCUUCUGAUCGCUGAGAUCCUCUACGUGAGCAAUCUGGUCUGGACCAAGAUCAGCAUUUUGAUGAUGUACUACCGCAUCUUCCACUUCCCGUUUUUCAAGCGAUGGGCGUAUAUUAUCGGGGCUUUUAUCAUUAUCUGGCUGAUCCUCGUUAUCUUCCUGUUUAUUUUCACCUGUGUGCCCAUUGAAAAGCAAUGGAACCCCAUGGUCCCUGGCCACUGUAUCAGCCUGGUCGGAAUUGGGGUUGCCAAUUCGGCAUCAACGAUUCUCUCGGAUCUGGCCAUUUUGAUUCUCCCGAUUCGGCAGAUCUGGAAACUGCAGUUGCGAAAGGCCGAGAAGGUUGCCCUGACGUUUGCAUUUGGUCUUGGUUUCUUCGUCAUCUUUGCUUCUGCCUACCGCCUCGCAGUCGUUCUCACCUACAACGAACUCGAUGCCUCAUAUUCUCUUGCUCCGGUGGUCGGCUGGACCGUCAUCGAAAUGUCUGCGGGCAUCGUGUCGGCCUGCCUGCCGACCCUCCGCCCUGUGCUAUUCCUCCUCGCGCGCAAACUCGGCAUUCAGAACUCGUUGAGCUUCUUUCGCAGCGAGUCCUCCGCCGCCCUGACCAAGAAGAGCCGCCAGAACCUCGUCAACGGGGCCCAAUCCGUGGGCGAUUCGGCCAACGACGGCAAGGCCGGCCAACGGCCCUUCUACCGUCUCCCCGACGAGUCGCGAUCCGCGGAGCAGAACCGUGUCAAGACGUCCUUUGAUCCCACGGCAGCCGACCAUGUGUACGUCAACACCGUCAGCAGCGGGAUGGGGGGCGAGGGAGAUACCGAGACGGCGAGCGGCGACGAGGUUCCAUUGCAGAGUAUUCGAGUGCAGAAAGAUUUCACGCUAGUCCACCAGAGAUUAGACCUAUCUAAUUAA